CCGUUCCCCUCCCUGCCUCCCUUUCACAGCCGCCGCCCCUGCUCCCGUCCCCCGCCGCCGCCGCUAGCCAGCCCGCGCCAGCGCAGCAGCGCUCCUCCAAGCCGCCGCCGCCAGCCCGCUCCUCCAAGCGGCGGCACCGCCAGCCCUCCCUCUAACGGGUCCCGCUCGGGCACUCGCCGAGACCCCGACGGCCCGACCCUGACCCCCGCCGCCGCCGCUGCAAGCCAGCCCGCUCCUCCAAGCCGCCGCCGCCAGCCCGCUCGCCGGCGUCCGCUCCUCCAAGCCGCCGCCGCCAGCCCGCUCGCCGGCGUCCGCUCCUCCAAGCUGCCGCCGCCAGUCCGCUCCGGCUCGGGCGCGCGCUCGCCCCCCAGGCCCCCUGGAGGAGGCAAGCAGGGAGUGCCGGCGCCCCAGGAGGAGGCGAGCAGGGAGUGCCGGCGUCCGACGGCUCGAGCCCCAGUGACCCGCAUCCGCCGUCCGCCGGCCUGAUCUCCAAGGUUCGCGGCGGGUUCGCGGGCGUACCCGCGGGUGACGCGACCUCGAUUUACGCCCUUGGCAGCUCGAGUUCGAGUCGAAACCGAGAGCGCAGGCGACGCGGAAUUGAGAGAUUUAGAGAGACGAGAAUAGAAGAGACUAGGAAUUGAGAGAUCUAAAGGAUUGGGUAGGGUAGAUUAGAGGAGACACAAGCACACAAAGACUCGCCGCGCCCACGCAGACCGAGGCAGUUGUGUCAUGGGGAUGCUGUCGCUAAAUCACCUCAUGCUCAAGCAGAAGCGGUGGAGCCGCCGGCGAACCCAAGCUCUCACGCUCAAGCAGAAGCGGUGGAGCCGCCGGCGAACCCAACCUCGCAAUGGAUCUACUAUUACUCUAGUACCACAGAAGGACUUGCUCUGCCAAGAAGGUGGUGAAAGAUCCACAUAUUUGGGGCCAAACCUUCCUGAGGAUAUCUGGUGCCGUAUACUUUCCCUAAUGUCACUACAAGAUGCUGCUCAAUCUGCCAGCAUAUCUCACACAUUUUUACGUUCUUGGAGAUGCUACCCCUAUCUAAAUUUCACUAAGGAAACACUGAAACAAAAUGCAAGUGGAAAGGAUUAUAUAGCAAGGCGUUUAAUCAUGACAGUUGACCAAAUUCUUACAAAUCACUCAGGCAUCGGCGUGAAGACACUUAGGCUUUCUUUCCCUUAUUAUUGUGAAGUUGAUGCUUGUCAACUUAAUCGUUGGCUUCAGAUUGCUAUCACACCUGGGAUUGAAGAAGUCACACUUUUUCUGCCUCCAAAUUACAAGAAAAAAUACAGCUUCCCGUGCUCGCUUUUAUUUGGUGGGUGUGGAAACUCAAUUAAAUACAUCCGCCUCACCGAGUGUGCCUUCCAUCCCCCAGUUGGAUUUGUUUGCUUGAGAAGCUUGACAAAGCUGCAUUUGUAUCAAGUGCGUAUUACAGGUGAUGAGUUAGGGUCUCUUGUUUCCAAUUGUUUUGCUUUGGAGAAGUUGGAACUCAAAUGUUGCGAUCGGCUAAUCUUCCUGAAAAUACCAUUGUGGCUAGAGCGGCUCAGCUUCCUUGUGGUGUCUGAGUGCUACAUGCUACAAGUUAUAGAGAGCAAAGCUCCAAACCUCUUCACUUUUAGAUUUUUUGGUGGCCCAGUACGCCUCUCGCUUGGAGAAUCUUCACAUGUGAAGAAUCUAGAUAUUCAACUUGCUUAUAGGCCUAACUCUCUUCUUUAUGCUAUUACCGAGCUUCCUUCUGCUGCGCCAAAUCUUGAAACUCUUACAGUAACUUCGGUUAAUGAGAUCGUUAAUACACCUAUGGCAGCUGACAAGUUUCUCAAUCUGAAGUACUUAAGGAUUCAUCUUACUGGUUUUUCUAAGGCUUUUUGCCCAGACUAUGACUAUCUGUCUUUGGUUUCGUUUCUGGAUGCUUCACCUACCUUGGAGACUUUCAUCCUGAGUGUAAAGCAGAAUGACAUGAAGCAUGAUUCAGUUUUUGGGAAUGCCUUGCAUGUGGGGUCGAUUCCUGCACACAAGCAUAGCAGGCUUAGGAAGGUGCAGAUCAUUGGCUUCUGCUCUGCAAAGAGCAUGGUUGAGCUCACUUGUCAUAUUCUCGAGAAUGCAACAUCCCUUGAAAGCCUUACAUUGGACACCAUAUUUGAUCAGUUUGAUCAGGGUACAGUGGUUGAGCAUGGCGAUUGUGGGAGGCGUUGUGUCCAAAAAUACAGUGGAUGCGGUCUGAUUUCAAGGGAGAUGAUAUUGGAAGCACAUGAAGCUCUCAGGGUUGUCAGUAUAUACAUCAUAGGAAGAGUACCCCCUGCAGUUCAGUUAAAUGUUAGGGGGCCUUGCAGCCAGUGUCAUAAGGUACCGUAGUUAUCCUAUAACGUUGUAUUUGUUUCCAGCUUUGUUUUUAGGUUGACUCUUCCUUUUUGGUGCUCGUGAGGGUCGGGUCCAAUAAAAACAUAUACAUUACUGUAUAUGUUUUCAUACUGCUAAUUUUGGUUGUGACUGUGAUUUUACAUUCGUGUACUUUGUUUCUGAAGGUAUUAGAAUAUUUCAAUCUUGUCGUUUCUA